CGAAUUCCUUUAGCUAACUUAAUCCAUAUCACAGGAUUUAGCUACUCUGGUGUCAACUGACCUCUUUUAAGAGAGAGAUUGAGAAAUCAUAAUGACUCACCCUGAAAGAAAAAUUCGAUUACUUUCAGCAAAUUGCUCAAUAUAUUAAAUUCAUAGCAACCAAAAUAUGUACGAAGUCUUUAACAAAGCUAAUAAGUCAUAAAAAGCAUUGUAGCAUCUGGCUUUACCGGUGAAAAUUUAAUUCUAAUUCAUUUUCUGCAAUUCUGAUCAACAAAGAGAAAAAGAAUUAGAAAGUGUUGUCUCAGGAUACUUGGGUUUGAAACAUCCAGUUUUACUUUACCAACCAAUAAUGUUUUCUGGAAUGAUGAUAAGUGUGAAUAACGUACUGAUAUUGAGUCUCCCAUAUCUUAUGGGUUAAAAUUACAAGGUAAAACGAAGCUUAUCGUAACCAAUGAAGCAAAAUCUGGUAAAAUUUAAAGAAAAACACCGCAAAGAAAGUAAAAAAUAAUCCAAGGUCUGAGCCUUCCGCAGAGGUUUAAGACAAGCAUGCUUAUAGAAGUAUAAGUUCUUCAUUUUUCUGGGGGAAGUCUCAGACUUUUGCCAAUGUUACCUAGGUUUCGAUAAGUUGAUAUCUAGAAGUCUCAGUUAAGGAUGAUAAAACAAGUAAAAGAUGUAGAAAUAAUUAUUUCAGAUAUAGACAAGUGUUCCAGUGUUAAUAAAUAAUUAGGCCUACUUAUUGAAAAUUCCUACAACAAAUUCUUUGUUGAAUUAUAUGAUGAAUCACUUUCUUAUGAGUCGUCCUAAUCUUAACAGACAAUUUCAGGACUUAGAAAUAGCUUCAGAAGAAAGAGUUUGAAUGCUAGAAGUAAAUUAAAUUAUUUAGGUUUGCUACCACGAUUUGGUGCACAAGACCCAACAGAACGAACAAGUGACUAAGACAACCUAGAGAGCAAAAGCUGACCCAAAACAACUGCUCUAAUAAUAGGACCUUGCUACAGCAGACUUAUACCCAUGAAGAAUCCUUUAAAAAGAUGAAGGUUUAG